GUCUUUCUUAGCUACUGUUUGGCAAAAGUUGGGUGGCAGGUCGCCAGUCCAUCAUGAGGCAACUCAAUAACAUAUUUGUCUUAAAGUAGCAACAAUUUAAAAUCACCAAUAGACCUAUGGAAUAUAUUUGUGGACUGUGGAAGGAAGCUGGGUGCUAAGAAGAAAACCACAUGCAUGAGGACAGCAUGCAAACUCCACACAGAAAGUGCAGGUCAAAGUCACAAAACUCUUUAACCUGCCAAUCUGCUGAAUUUAGAGACUUUUUUUGUCUGUUUCUUAAUAACAGUAGAGCAGCUGAUUGCUGUGACCGACAAUGUCAACAACACUAUUAAAAAAUUAACUAUAGAAAGAAAAUAAUUUCUCAAAAACAUACAAACAAAAAAAAAAAAAGAAAAGAGCGGCUUUGAUUAGUGAUAAACACAGCCCUAAGUGUGUGUAUGUGAUUAUUUUAUUUGUGUGUUAGUUUUUUUGAUUUCCUUUAUCACAGUAAAGGAAAGAAAAGGAAUUAUUGGAAAGUAUUGGAAAUGCUGAGAUGAAUUAUCUUCCUUGGCCCUAGGGCACAAUUGUUUGGUGGUUUUCACGCGAGCAAAAGUAUUCACAUGUUGUUCAAUAAGUUGCAUUUUUCUGAGUGUCAUUGGUCCCUGAGUAAAAUCUCACAUGUCCCAGGAAUGGGUGGACUACAGACAAAGUCUCAGGAUCAAUAUUUAUUAUUUUUUUUAACAUUUUUUUCCCUCUCAAAUUUAUCAUAUUUCCACGAUUUUCAAGCUGUGUUAUGAUCUUCUGUAAUUAUUUUCCGUUUGUUAUAAACCACAGUUAACACGUGUUGUCAUAUUUUGAUCUAUUUUUUGUGAGAAAUACUUUUUAUUGGGUAUAUUAUUUCAAGUAAAACAUAGGCGGUAAAAGUGAUGGUAGCUUUUUUAUAACGAAAGUGUUCUUGGGUUAAUAAUGUAGCCAGAUCGGAUUAUUUUAAAUGUAGGAAUUAAACUGUUUUUGAAAAUAAAAUAUUUGAAAUUUAGGAGAUAAAUUAAAAAUGGAGAAAAAGUAGGGGGAAAAAGAUAAAUGCGAAUAAUACAUGAAAAUAAAGAUGAAAAAAAUAAAAGAGAGGAAAAUGAAAAUAAAUUUGGAAAAAAGUAGCUAUUUGUUUAUUAUAACUCGUGGUGGCGCUGUACACCAACAGAAAAAAAAUCUCCGAAGCCUAGCCCUCAGAGAGGACAGACAUUCUUGCGUUUCUGUCUGCGGAUUAUAAGAAAAACGACGUUUACGAUCGCUGGUCGUUUUCUGUCAUUUAGCUACUUCAUUUUUUCAACAUCAGACUGUGUUUUGUUGUGGAUCAGCGAUGAAGUGGAUCUUCCCCUUUGUUCCUGUUCGUCGGGUUUUCCUGCUUCUUCUUUUGUUUCGGGCCGCUUAUGGAGACGUGAGCUUUUCUUUCCCAGAGGAGAUGAAACGAGGAUCGGUUAUUGGAAAUGUCGCCAAAGAUCUCGGGCUGCAGGCGGCUGCACUGUCCGCCAGAAGAGCGCGCAUCGACACCGACGGGACAGACAAACGUUACUGUGACAUAAACCUGAAGAACGGAGAGCUGAUUGUGGCCGACAGGAUUGACCGCGAGGGGCUUUGCGGAGAAAAGGUUUCCUGCGUUUUAAAACACGAGCUCGUGCUGGAAAAUCCUCUCGAGCUUCAUCGUGUAAACCUUCAUGUGCAAGAUGUUAAUGAUAAUGCUCCGGAAUUUAAGGAAAAAAUAAUACAUUUAGAAAUUCGUGAGUCUGCAGACAGGGGAGCGCGCUUUAUGAUCGAGGAGGCGCACGAUGCGGAUGUAGGACAGAAUUCAGUGCAGCAAUACAACCUUCAGAAGAACGAUCAUUUUAUUCUGGCUGCGAAUGGAAACAACAUUGAGCUUGUUCUAGACAAAGAACUUGAUCGUGAAAAGCAGAAGGAAAUGGAUCUGCUCCUCACAGCUGUAGAUGGUGGAUCUCCUCAGAAAUCAGGAACAGUCGUCAUCCACAUCACCGUGCUGGAUGCUAAUGAUAACGCCCCAGUGUUCAGCCAGGCCGUGUAUGAAGCCAGUCUGCCCGAAAACUCCCCUUUAGAUACAGUAGUGGUUACAGUGAGCGCAACAGACGCAGAUGAAGGAGUCAAUGGAGAUGUAUUUUAUGAAUUUGGACAUGUGACAAAAGAAGUGAUGAAAAUGUUCAGUAUUGAUGUGAAAGUGGGAGAAAUUCUGGUGAAAGGUGGAAUUGAUUAUGAAAGUACAACAUCAUUUGAAAUACGCGUUAAAGCCAAGGAUGGUUUGGGACUUUCAUCUUAUGCUAAAGUAAUUAUUUCCAUCACUGAUGUGAAUGACAACGCCCCUGUAAUCAGUCUGAAGUCUGUGUCCAGCUCCAUCCCAGAGAACGCCCCUCCUGGUACAGAGGUGGGCAUCAUUAACGUGCAGGACAGAGACUCUGACAAGAACGGACAGGUCCGCUGCUCCAUUCAAGGCAACGCUCCUUUUAAGUUGGUUCCUUCCAUCAAAAACUAUUAUUCUGUGGUGAGCACAGGACAGCUGGACCGUGAACUAGUGUCUGAUUACAACAUUAGCAUCUUUGCCACUGACGAGGGCUCUCCACCUCUGUCCUCGUCUAAAAGUGUUCACUUAUCUGUAGCUGACAUCAACGACAACCCACCUGUGUUUGAGGAACAGUCGUACAGCGCAUAUGUGAGCGAAAACAACCAAGCUGGCUCCACUUUAUGUCGGGUGAGCGCUCGAGACCCCGACUGGAGACAAAACGGUACAGUGAUUUAUUCUCUGUUAGCUGCUGAGGUGAACGGAGCCCCGGUGUCCUCCUAUGUGUCUGUGAACGGAGACACGGGGCUGAUCCACGCUGUCAGGUCCUUUGAUUAUGAACAGUUGAGGAGUUUUCAAGUGCAGGUGAUGGCCAGAGACAACGGUUCUCCUCCGCUCAGCAGCAACGUGAGCGUGAGUGUGUUGAUCUGGGAUGUGAACGACAACUCUCCUCAGAUUCUGUACCCCGCCCCGGAGGGCAGCUCCUUCAUGACCGAGCUGGUCCCCAAAGCUGCACACGGAGGCUCUCUGGUGUCCAAAGUGAUCGCGGUGGACGCCGACUCUGGACAGAACGCCUGGCUGUCCUAUCAUAUAGUCAAAUCCACUGAUCCGGGACUUUUCACCAUCGGUCUGCACAGUGGAGAGAUCAGGACGCAGCGGGACAUUUCCCAAUCUGACAGCAUGAAACAGAACCUGAUUGUGGCAGUCAAAGAUAACGGACAGCCCUCUCUGUCUGCCACCUGUGCCAUGUAUUUACUCAUCUCCGAUAACUUGGCUGAGGUGCCAGAACUCAAGGAGAUUUCUUACGAGGAGAAGAACUCCAAACUGACUUCCUAUCUGAUCAUCGCUCUGGUUUGUGUGUCCACCUUCUUCCUGACCUUCAUCAUCAUCAUCUUGGGUGUGAGGUUUUGUCGCAGGAGAAAGCCCCGACUCUUGUUUGAUGGAGCAGUUGCCAUCCCCAGCGGUUAUCUGCCUCCUAAUUACGCAGAUGUUGACGGCACAGGAACUUUACGCAGCGCUUACAAUUAUGACGCCUACCUGACAACAGGAUCUCGAACCAGCGACUUUAAGUUUGUGUCUUCUUACAAUGACAACACGCUGCCUGCUGACCAGACUCUCAGGAAGAGUCCUACUGACUUUCUGGAGGCUUUUGGAGAUACUGAUGCUUCCCCUGAGCAAAAGCCCCCCAACAAUGAUUGGCGCUUUACCCAGGGACAGAGACCAGGACCCAGUGGUCCCCACAUGCCGUACGGUACACACAUACGAUGGACGCCGAAAAGUGGGACAAGGGCGACUGGAGGACCUGAGGUUGCCAUGGGAACUGGACCUUGGCCCCAGCCCCCUACUGAAGCAGAGCAGCUUCAAGCCUUGAUGGCAGCCGCUAACGAAGUGAGUGAGGCCACGGCCACCCUCGGACCCGGCACCAUGGGCCUCAGCACCCGCUACAGCCCCCAGUUCACCCUGCAGCACGUGCCCGACUACCGCCAGAACGUCUACAUCCCUGGCAGCACGGCCACCCUCACCUCAAACCCGCAGCAGCAGCAGCAGGCCACGGCCCAGCAGGCCACCCAACAGGCUCUGCCCCCGCCGCAGGCCUCGGCCCAGUCCGAGCCCCCCAAGGCCGUCCAGACCCCCGCCUCCAAGAAGAAGUCCACCAAGAAGGAGAAGAAGUAAAGGUUGAUGGGGUCACGAUGAAGCCGGCCGGAUCUGAGAAAUUCAACCCCCCACACCCCACCUGCAGAUAUCUCACUGCUCAUGACAGCCAAACAGCAGGUCCCUUUGACCACGGGGACCUCGCUGAUGGUUCUCCUCGGAGAAUCUUAAUGUGCUAAAGGAUGUUUGUUACUAACCCGUGCUGUGUUAAAGGUCUAGUAUUGUUCAUGUAUUCUUUGUGGCUUGAUAUUUUGGUAGGGUAUGGGGGGUUCUUUUUUUUCUAACAUAUAAAAAAUGUUUAAAAAAAAAGAAGAAAAAAAAAAAACAAAGAAAAAUUUAAAUUACUAUGGACAAAGAGAUUUUAGUGAAAUGAACUUUGCUGGAUGUCAAGGCUGUAAGCAGUCAUUUUUGUUGGAUUUCUUUUUUUUUUUUUCAAGUUGAAAAUCCGCUUUUGCUAAAUGCUCUAGCCACCAUUCAUAGCCCCCCUCCCCUUGCAGGGUUGUAAAGUCUGAGAUGGUGUUUGACAGUUAUUACAAACCUUUUCUGCAUGCUUACUAAGGUUCAAACCACUCCAAAUAGUGCAAGUUGCAAACUAUGCAUUGCAAAAGCAAAGAGGACAUUCCCAAUCUACUGUCCUCGGUCCAAUCCAAGGUCAAUAAAAUGCCCUUGCAGCAUUUGCUUGACUAAAAAUGAGAACUACUUUUGUAAUGAUAGUUAGAGAGAAAAAAAAAAUGACUAAGAAUUGAAGCUUCUGAUAUUUUUAUGACCUGCGCAUGCACCCAGAGGAAGGGCUGGCACAGCCAUGGGGGCUUCAGCAGGCGGGACUAGUUCCUUCCAGAUGGCAUGUCCCGCUGCCCUCCCGUCCUCACACCUGCCUUGUGUCCUCCCCUCAUAAUGAGAGCCAAACUUAGAAAUGCACUGUUUGUUUUCUGAAGAUGAGACACUACUAGAGUCACAAUCUCUUUAUUCUCUAGGGAAACAUGUAAAUGUGGUAAACUUAAGUGCUUAGGAGUUUCUAGACACCUUAUAAGCCUCUAGGGCCUUGAUGGAGUAUCGUCCCUUCACUUUCCUGAGGUGCUGAAGGAACUUCUUGAUGUGACACAACAAUUGUUUUCUUCUUUUGGAGAUAGUGAUUCGAUAGCGUAGAAAUGUUAAGGAUUUGAAGUCUUCGCUUUGUCAUCCUGUCCGGCCACUGAGAAAAGUGCAUGAAAACGAUGGCAGCUUGCAGGCUGGGUCACAGGGAGUGGAAGGGGGUGCACCCUGGGGGAAAUUCACACCCUUACAUUAACCAAGGGGGUGGGAAAUGACCUCGGCUCUACGCGCUGAAUGUACAGAGGAACCACUGUCGACACACCCCAAGCUUUCACUAAUGCACUGACCCGGGCAGAGGUCAACAGAGCCAAGCACAGCCAUCCCUGUCGCUGAGGAGAAGCCGCUCUUCGGCCCUCUGAAACAAAAUCAAAGGGAAACCUGAGCCUGUCUGCCUCUCACCUCUCUACAUUCACUCCCCCGUCCCUCCACUUCUGUAAAUAAACACGUCCUGUCGACGGUGUGAGCCAGGCCUUGGCAAGCAGGGAGCAUGUCCCUAGAUUUUCAAAGUAAAAGUCUCUCAACAAUGCCUGGCUUACUGGAAUGUUUUGCAUUUUGUUUUUUUUUCAAGAAACUUAACAAGAUCACAGUGAAAAAAAAAUCAACAGUGACAUGCUCUUCAACAAAUGGUGUUGCGAUGUAGUAACUGAGCACUAUGGAAGCCAACUAACUCUUCAUUGUAAAUAAACGAUUAAAGAUAACUUUAGAUAAGUCAAAAAAAAAAAAACAAGUGGCACACGUAGACUAGUUAACUUGUGGUAUGUGUUGCUCAUAUUUUUGUGUUUAUUCUCCCUCCAUUAUCUUUUAUCACCCUGUAAAGACAAAAAAAAAAGAUAUAUCUAGAAAUGUUUCUAUCCUUCUGUAACCUCUUACUGUUCUUUUGCGGUGAUUUUAUCUUGUGCAUUUGUGAAAGAAUGCCUCUCCUUCUCUUUCUGUCCAUAUGAACAAAUGACUAUAAAUAUUAUAUAUGUGUAAGUCCGUCUGCUGCUGAAUUAAUACUACUCUAUCCUGCUGUAUUAUCUUUCUUAUCAAAUGCUUAGCCCCUCGCCUCACGCUACACCCUGUGUUACUCUCUUAUUUUUAUGCUAAUAUUUAUAUUGCUGUUUUAUUUUCUCUUGAACACUGACAUUUCAAAUAAAAUGAAAUCAUCUAAAAAAUA